GAUCACCCAUCCUGGAAGAUCUGCAUCGUUAAAAAAGCUUACUACAGCUUUUCCAUCUCUCUUACAACCGAAGGAAGAGGAAAAAAAAAUCCUCGCGUGCCGCUGUUUAAUGCUGCUGCGCACGUUAGUCAACCUCCAAUGAGUCCUGGGUCCUGGCCUUCCGCACGCGCUUGGAAGAGCUCAGUGAGGUUCACUCUUGGGAAGCAAUCAUCUUUAGCGCCAGACAGCCACCAGAAGGAUUCAGGCACAGAACCGGAAGAAUUGGAAGAGAUCGAACCUGGUGUGCGGCUAAUGUAUUCGGCCAAUGAGGGCAAUUUGGAUGGGAUUCGUGAACUCUUGGAUUCGGGCAUUGAUGUUAAUUUCCGUGACAUCGAUAACCGGACUGCGCUUCAUGUUGCUGCUUGCCAAGGCAAUGCGGACGUGGUUGCUCUGUUGCUCGAUAACGGGGCCCAGGUUGACACCAAAGACCGAUGGGGGAGCACGCCUCUCGCUGAUGCUAUAUACUAUAAAAACCAUGAAGUGAUCAAACUUUUGGAGAAACAUGGUGCAAAGCGUCCGAUGGCUCCCAUGCACGUCAAUCAUGCCCGUGAAGUCCCAGAAUAUGAAAUUAAUCCUGCUGAGCUUGAUUUUACUAACAGUGUAGAAAUAACUAAGGGAACCUUUCGUAUAGCAUCAUGGCGUGGAAUUCAAGUUGCUGUUAAAAGGCUUGGGGAGGAUGUGAUUUCUGAUGAGGAGAAAGUGAAAGCAUUCGGAGAUGAGCUUGCUUUGCUUCAGAAGAUACGACAUCCAAAUGUGGUCCAAUUUCUGGGAGCUGUUACCCAAAGUAGUCCUAUGAUGAUUGUGACAGAAUAUCUACCCAAGGGAGAUCUUUGUGCAUUCUUGAAAAGAAAAGGAGCAUUGAGAAUAGGAACAGCUGUGAGGUUUGCACUUGAUAUCGCAAGGGGAUUGAAUUAUUUACAUGAGAACAAACCACCAAUAAUUCACCGUGAUCUCGAGCCUUCAAAUAUAUUGCGGGAUGAUUCUGGACAUCUCAAAGUUGCAGAUUUUGGAGUUAGUAAGUUGCUUACAGUAAAAGAAGACAAGCCUCUACUUUGUCAAGAUGCUUCUUGUCGAUAUGUGGCCCCAGAGGUUUUCCGAAAUGAAGAAUAUGACACCAAAGUUGAUGUCUUUUCCUUUGCUUUAAUUUUACAAGAGUUGAUUGAAGGCUGUCCGCCAUUUUCUGCAAAGCAAGCAGCUGAAGUUCCAAAAUCAUAUGCUGCAAAAGAGCGCCCGCCAUUUAGAGCUCCAACAAAGCACUAUUCCCAUGGACUGAAAGAGUUGAUUCAGGAGUGCUGGAAUGAGAAUCCAGCUAAGCGACCAACUUUCAGGCAAAUAAUAACAAGACUGGAGUCUAUUUAUAACAGUGUUGGUCAUAAGAGGCGUUGGAAGGUCAGACCAUUAAAAUGCUUUCAGAAUCUGGAGGCCAUGUUGAAGAAAGAUCUUAGUUUGAGUGGCCACAGUCGUUCUUCACGAUCGACCAACAAUGCAUGAGGCAAGGAUUAGUUUUUCUAGUUAGCUUAUCUGCAUGAAGAGAUUGUUCCUUCCUGUAUGGUAGUAAAAAAGGAUUCUUCUUUAGUUCAGAUCAUAGCUUUCUUCUGUGUAAUUCCACCUGUUAUCGAAUGUGAAUUCUUCCAAGUACGUUAACUUUCCCAUUUAAUUUAUGGGUUAGGAAUCAUGUUGCAUACGAGAUGUGUAUCUUCAAUAACAUUAUGCGUGUAAUAAGAAUCUGUAUUGUUCUAUCA